CCGGUUUUUUAUUCCUUAUCUGUUUAAUUCUAGAAGGUUUAAUUUAAUUCUAGAGUUCAAUUCUAGAAUAAGCUAGGAUCAUGAUGUUCAAUUACUGAAACAAAGUCAGGCUGGGCUCUUGUAUAUUAAUGAGCUCAACAAUGUUUUCGCUAUGAAGCCAUCUGGUUAUAGCAGUACUGAAUACGAAACAUUUGUUCACCUGCGUUGAGAGGUAAGACAACAUCACACGGAUACAGUCUUCUUUUUAGACAUACUUAGCUCACACACCAUUCACCGUGUGGAGUCGUUCGCGUAAUAAUAUCGUCAUAACGCUAUCAAAUUGAAAUCUAGCUCCUAUUUUGAGACAUUUAGGGUUUUACUCGUUUUACUUAACCCAAGAGUAGCUACGUCAAGGUCAAUACGAAUGGCAAUUUGUGGAGUAUUGAGCGGUUGUUUAAUAUAUUCCUAUCUCACGUUGUGCACCGAUGUUGCUUUCACAACAAGCAAGAAUGGAACAAGGAGUAAACCAAGCUUUCCUGUGGCUACCACUAUUGCGGCCGUGGUUGGAACUUCCAUGCUUCUGUCUGCGUUCGUAAUCAUUGUGGCGUUCCUGUUUUGCUGUAAAUCUAAUCUUAACUCGGAAAGUAUCGACCCGCCCGAGGAAAGCACGAGCAUGAUGAGUCUUACGGAUCAUGUGGAACCGAACAACGCACAAGUAAUAGGAAAUCCUGCCAUCCUCAUGCAAGAAAUGGUCGCCAAAGGAAGGAAUACUAUUACAAAGAUAACGUCAUCGCGUCGCCAAGACGACAUGGAGCACCUGCAAAACGGAAUGUGAGAAUAUAUAAUUUUGCCAUACGAAUUCAGCUGUGUAAUGACUAUGAACAGCACUAUAAAGUUGAUAUGGAAAAGCACGGAAAAAGAACAUCGGGAGAAAUGCUAUUGUGUUUAAAUCAAAAAACGAUGUGCACGACAAUAAAAUUGCAGUAGGUUGGAACAUUUAAACAUUAUUUAGAAAGCCCUGACUUAAUUUAUUAAAUUAGCAACGCAAGCUGAGCAGGGCUAAGUACUAUUGUUUAGAAAGGCAAGCCGCAUAUAUAUUAAGCCUACUCGCAGUACUCUUAAUUUUGAAAGGCGAUUUAAAAUCAGUUCAGGAUAUUUGCGUUUCAAAAGUUGGAUUUGCUUGCGAAAAUUCUGAAGCUGGACAAAACUUUGAAGAAAUGGCCUUUCACGGAUGGCUUUCUUAGUUUUAAAUUAUUGAAUAUUGAAACGUGGGAAAUUUAGGAUUUUUCGAACAAUUAUUGUUAAAAACAUAUGUGAUAUAUGGCAUUUGAAUAAUUACAUCCUGCCGUUGCUAUCGCAACAAUGUAUUUUCAAGAUAUAGUCGCUCACCUCCUUACGAUGCAAAUUCUAAAUUUGGCCUUUUUUGGUAGUUUCAUCUUUCAGAUAACAGACAACAUGUUGUAAAAUUCUUAAAAUAAUAGGCUCUGUUGCAACAUGCAUGAUGGCCAUGAUCUUUGAUCUUAACUUUCUGAUACUAUUUUCAGAUUCGUUGGCAAAAAAACAUCUUGCAGAUAAACAACUCUUCAUGCAGCAACUACUCUAAAAUGAUUAAUAAGACAACC